GAUUGCACACAUAUGCGAAUAUAUACUCUCUUGAUUUAAUCAUAUUCAUUCGUAUGAAGUCAACUCUUCUUUAUAAUAAAAUCAAGAUGUUUUUAUUUAGAACAAGUGAAACUUUAAAUCAAUCUACGUCCAUUCUAAAUAUAUUGCGCCAUUUUUCAAUAAAGUUAACGCAUGAAGCAAUGAAAGCAUUCGAAUUACUAGGUAUAUCAACAUCCAGUACACCUGAGGAAUGUAGGAGAGCUUAUUUAAAUUUAGCUCGUAGUAUUCAUCCAGAUGUAAAGAGCGAACUAAUCGAUACUAGUAAUGACAACAAUAGUAAUAAUAAUAUCAAUAAUGAUUUUCAAAAGAGGACAAAUGUUGAAUUUCAUCAAUUACAUAAAGCUUAUACACUUGCUUAUGAAAUCUGUCUUGACAAUCAUGAGUCUGGCAAUGAUUAUAUACUUGAACAAUUGGAUAAUGAUAUUCAAGAGUUUCCUCAUAAAGCGCCUCAACAUAGACGUUUUCUAGAUUUAGGAAGACAAGAACAACAUUUAGACGGAUUACAACAAUGUGUAAACAGUGGAAGAUUAAAUGAACAUCGUAAAUAUAUACAAUCACAGAGAGUGGUAAAAGCGUUACAAGGUGCUACCGAUUGUCGAGUGAAAAACCUUAUGAAAUCUGUGAACUAUGAUUAUGACGAUAGUCAAAGGGAUUGUAACAAAUUAAUACCUAAAAGAUUGAGUGUUAGCAAAAAGAAUAGUGAUAUAAACAUGCCUGUCCACGUAGAUUACAUUUCACGUACAGCUGAAGAACAAAUCCAAAGAGCAAUGAAUCAUGGAGAAUUUAAUAAUUUAUCAAGUCAAGGUCGUCCAAUUGAUUAUGAUAAAAAUCCUCAUGUAUUUGGGGACUCAACUGAUAAACGUCUUAACCAAUUAAUGGCUAAUCAAGGUUUCUUGCCGAAAUGGGUUUUGUUAAAUAAAGAAGUUCAUUCUCGUUGGAAUAUUGCUAUUGAUAAGUUAAAUUCAAUCUAUAAUGCAGAAUCUAAUUUACAUUCUUCAAUACGGUCAGAAGCUUGUAAGGAUUUUGAGAAGGAAGUAAAAGAAUUAAACCGAUUGCUUGAUCAAUACAAUCUAUUAGUCCCUAGUCAUCAGAUGCAGCGUUUUCAUUUGAAUAGUAAGACAGCUAUUGACCAACUGAUGAAAGCUAAACAAUCACACACGAAUGAGCAAAACAAACGUGAUCCUACUACGACUCAAAAUGAAAGCAAAGACGGCGUACCACAAACCGAGGAUAACAAUCAGAGUUUAUGGGAUCCCCGCUAUAUGGCUGAAGUAAUGCGCGACUUUUACCGUGAAUUGGCUAGGUCAUGGGCGAGUAUUCUACGAGGCUUUAAAGAUCAUAAAUAACACCUUGUAUUACUCUAAAAUAUUGCUGUUUAUGUAUAUUCAUAUCACAGCUAACAAGUAUUCUAAAUCAACUUAUAGUUCAAAUAGGCUAAAUUAACAAAGCAAUCUCUCGUAAAGUAAUGAAAAAACAUUCGUAUGUUUCACACUUUUUUCUUAUCAACUUUAAUCUUCAUUUCAUUAAAGUAAAAAAAACCAGCUGAAUCUGAUCGUGUACAAAAAAUCGUUGACGUGAAAUCAAUCAUAAAAAACUAAUAUCAACUGCAUAACCAAUGACGGUAGGCCAUGACACAUAAAGGACUAUCGAUUUUUCUAUUUUAAGACAUGCAAAUUUUGUUCAAUUCACAGAUUUUGAGUUGUUUGACUAGACUGAAUUGAGGCG